GCUACCUCUGUCAACUUACUGCCACAAGGCUCUCUUCGGACUACGACAAUGCUUAUGACUGCGCUCGUGUCCUGUCUGCUCCUCUUGGGUGCCAGGGCUGCCAGCAGCGCGACCUCUGCUGAUCCAUCCUCCAUCGCAUCAAAGUACUCGCUUACAACCAGCACAUCUCUGCCAUUUCCGUCUGCGACGCUCGCCUCCUCAGCUGCUCAGUCUUUUAUUGCGUCGUCUUGGUCUCUGAGCAAAGGCCACGUCCAAGACGGCGGCUCUGACCUCGCCUUUGUCGCGGACCCCUUCGCGAACUCAUCUGGAUCUACUUCGCCCGCGUCUGCCUCCAACGCAUCGGUCCUGCAGGUCACAUACCCCUCUGGCAGCUACUCUCAUGACACUGGGGGCGCACAGUUCUAUACGCUCUGGAACUCCUCCAACGCAUCCACCACCUACUUCCACUCCGUGCUGCUCACCUAUGAGGUCGCCUUUGGCUCCGAAUUUGACUGGGUCAAGGGCGGCAAGCUUCCCGGGCUUCGCGGCGGACCAGACGUGUACGGCUGCUCCGGCGGCAAGCCCACGAAUGGCUCGGAUUGUUUCAGCGCGCGUGCCAUGUGGCGCACGGACGGCGAGGGCGAAGUGUAUGCGUAUUUUCUUGAGUCAAAGGAUCUCUGUGCCGAUUCUAAUUUCCUCUGCAAUUCUGAUGGAUACGGCACGAGCGUCGACCGUGGGUCCUUUGGUUUUGCUGUUGGACAGUGGAACCGUAUCAGCCUUCUCGUUCGAUUAAACGACCCACCGGAGAAGGCGAAUGGACAGGUCGCACUAUAUUACAAUGACGUAGAGGCACUCAACGAAGAAAACUUGCAAUACCGCAACAGCACGGACAUCAACAUCGGCGGUCUCUUCUUCUCAACGUUCUUCGGAGGCAACGACUCUGCAUGGGCUACGCCACGAACGGUACAUACCUAUUUCCGAAAUUUCGAAAUGUGGGGCAGCGAGAAAGCGUCUGUCCUCACA